AUGUUAUUGGACGCUGGCCACCAGCUCUCUGGUUUAGGGGUUGGCACGUUCGCUAGGCAUCACUCGGCUAGCGAGACGCAGGACAGAGACUUGAGCUUCAUGGAUUCGGCACACAUGGGUGCGUUCAAACUGAGUCAUGGCCAUCCCGACCUCUCCCCGGGCCAGAGCGCAGCGUUUGCCACUCAAGCUUCGGGCUACUCCGCCGCCGCCCUGGGUGCGCACGCCGCCGCACACGCUGCCUCCUACGCCAGUUCCAGUUUCAAUUCCACUCGGGACUUUAUCCUGCGGAGCCGUGGAUUUGGAGAAACCUCUCCGGGCGGCGGGCAACAUUCCAUAUUCAACCCCGCUGCUGGCUCUCUCCAUCACUCGCACGCAGAGGGGCAAGGGCACCUACUUUUCCCGGGCAUACAUGAGCAACACGGAUCCCACCACAGCUCGGCAAACAUGCUGAACGGCCGGCUCGGACUACCUGGUGAUGUUUUCGGGCGAACAGAUCAGUACCACCAGGUAUCCAAUACACGGAGCGAUCCAUACAGCCAGUAUAGCACCAUGGGCCUAAAUAUGAGUAUGAACAUGGCAGCACAUCAUCCGGGCGCAUUCUUCCGCUACAUGCGGCAACAGUGUAUCAAGCAAGAGCUCAUCUGUAAGUGGAUCGACCCCGAGCAACUGGGUGAUCCCAAGAAAUGCUGCAGCAAAACUUUUAGCACCAUGCACGAACUGGUCACACACGUCUCUGUUGAUCACGUCGGCGGGCCAGAGCAGUGUAACCACAUUUGCUUCUGGGAGGACUGUCCCAGGGAAAGCAAGCCGUUUAAGGCGAAAUACAAACUGGUGAAUCACAUUCGAGUACACACGGGUGAAAAGCCUUUCGCCUGUCCGUUCCCUGGAUGCGGCAAGGUUUUUGCGCGAUCAGAGAAUUUGAAAAUACACAAGAGAACUCAUACAGGAGAGAAGCCAUUCCUGUGUGAAUUUGACGGCUGCGACAGACGUUUCGCCAACAGCAGUGACAGGAAGAAGCACAUGCACGUUCACACGUCUGACAAGCCAUAUCUCUGCAAACUGUGCGACAAGUCUUACACACACCCGAGUUCCCUGAGGAAACACAUGAAGGUUCACGAAGACCAAGCCCCGGUGACAGAGUCAUCUCCCGCUGGAAGUUCUGGGUAUGAAUCCUCUACGCCCUCCAGUUUGGUUUCCCCGUGUUCUGAGACUCAAAGCAACAUGUCGCCUGAUUCUGCCGUGCUCAACAACAGCGGGCACGGUAGCAUAACGUCCAAUUUCAGCGAGUGGUACGUUUAA